AUGAAUUGUCCCAUGUUUCAGCAAUAUGGCCCAUAUGUUGUUUGGUGUUCUGCUCUAUUGGCCGUUUGCGUGGUCCAGAGCGGAGCUGCCUGUAAUCCCCCUACCGUGACAUCUUCGGAAUUCACGGCUGCUUCACAGUACAACAGCACCGUCAAAUAUCGAGUGAUUCGGUCAAGCCGACGCGGAUCUCACCUCAGGUGCGCCGCGGCCUGCCUCACGGAAGUAUACUGCAGAUACUUCAGAUAUAACAAAGAUACCAAACAGUGUGAAUUGUGCGAUGACUCCAUAGUUGCAACCAACGAAGAGAUGUUGAAGUACUACAAAAAAAGCAGUAGCCCUUCUUGCUCUGUGGAGGGACCUCUUGGGAUGGAAGAUGGUCGCAUCCCGGAUGAAAGCAUCUCAGCUUCGUCUGUUUGGUCAAACCGCGCUGACCAUGCCCCAGUAAGGGCAAGACUGAAUACUCAAGGAUACGCUGGAGCCUGGGUCCAUGACUUUGGUGAUGUCAGUACAUGGAUACAAGUUGACUUCAAUGGCACAGUCACCAUCACUGGUUUGAUCACCCAGGGGCGCGAAGAUGACGACCAAUGGGUGACAGAGUACCGAGUGACGUACAGCGAUGACGCUCAGUCCUGGCAUAACGUGACUGAUGCAUUUGGCACACCAAUAAAGUUCCCCGGUAACAUGGACAGGAACACGCUGGUAACCGCUCGUUUCCCGUUUGCCUUGCGCACCAGAAUCCUGCGCAUCAACCCUGCUGCAUGGCACCUGUUUUCCAGCAUAAGGUUUGAAUUGAUUGGCUGCUAUUAGUCAGACUAAUUACAUGUUGUCAAUUAGUGAGUCAAGCGAAUUCAACGUUGAGAUUAGUUCUGGUGUAGAACAAAACGAAUAUUUAGUCGACUUUCUUUUAUACAAAGUCGUUCGGACCGGCCUAUCAGAAUUUGUAUUAAGAGGAACAUCAGUCCCAUUCGUUGUGCACAUACAUGCACAGUCGGGACCAAGGCUUUGUGUUUUCUAUAACUUCUAUAACUUUCUAUAACAGAAUUUGUAUUAACAGUGCUUGUACUAUUAAACGAGAGUAGACUGUAUUUAUGCUUGUAAAUACCGGCUCUAUACAACAUUUCUUUCAUAAAUUUGACUAUUAAAUAAGUGAUGAAUAUUUUUGUGAAUCUGCAAAUUGAUACAUUUGCAGAGCACAGUGCAUACUGAAUAAAAAUGUUUGUCGGGAUGUAUGCAGAGAUAAUCGUAUUUUAAGACUUAAUGUGAAAACAAACGAAACCUUCUAAAUUCAUUUUAUAAUAGGCAAAUCUCCUCGGUAAUCGGGACUAGUUUUUGAAUUAACUUUCCCGCGUCGAAGGCUUCUUUCAUGUUCAUUAUCAUCAUAUUAUUGAAUUACCAAUGUACAACAAAUUGUUAUCCGGAAAUGUUAGAAAAACAAACCGUCUUUGAGAAACACUGGUGUUAUUUAUGUGUGAGAAACACUGGCGUUAUUUAUUUCAUAACAAGCCCAGCAGAAAAUCUCGG